GGCGAGCCCAGGGCCACACAGCACGAAAUGGUCAACAUAGUAGCGCGCGCGCGGAAACUGCAAGAGAAGGUAUGAGAUGCUUUGCGCCUCCAGAGCCCUCCACGCUUCCCUCUGACUCGGACGGAUGGCCUUUGGCAACGGCAACGAACCGGUUUCGCUGGACACAGACGCUGACGUGGGGAUAUAGCUGCUGUGGAUACGAUGCGGGCCCGGUGCGUUGGUGCUGCCCAAGGAGGUGGAGAGGAUUAGCAUGGAGUUCAACACCAAGCUCUACGGCGGACAUCGAGGCGCGAGGAAGUUCUGGCGCGAAAUGCUGCCGCGCAUCAAAUACCGCAAUCCCUCGGUCCGCGUCCAGAUCAGCCGCCACACCUCGCCCGACGGCCCUGCGCUGCUGCACAUCCACACGCGCGCCGCGACCACGGCCGAAAACUCUGCCCCGUCCGUCGCCAGUCCGCCCGCGCAGAGCAGCCCCGCCGCCUCGCCGCCCCCCAGCACCCCCGACGCCACGGCCCCGUCCCACACCAUCAACAUCCGCGACCAGGCGCCCAGCGAGAUCCUCGACGCCCUGCUCGCCGCCCUGCCCGAGAGCCGUGUGCUGCGCCCCACGCCCGAGGAGGAGCAGCUGAUGGCCGACACGGCCGCGUUCAAGGAGCGCUGCGAGGUGGAUCGCGCGCUGGUAAAGGAGAAGCUGCUCGCGGAGCGGCGCGAGGCCGAGCUGCUCCGGCUGGCGAGGGGCGAGGCUGUGGCGCAGUGAGCUGGCGUAGCAUGUACGAGUAGAAAUGGCAUGUAACUAGGCGUUUUGCUGCUCGAGGGAGAGCAUGCGAGAUUGUAUCAUACGUGUAGCGAACUCAUUCUCACUUCUGCGCGCACUUGUGCAUUGACUCGAUGCUGGUCAUUCCGUCUCGCUACAGGCACACUUCAAAACCCCCGUCUCGAUAUUCCCAACUCCCACCCCCGGCGCCCGCUAGAUACUAACAAAGAAGCUCUUCUCCCCCUCACGCGGCUCAACCCACGCGCGCUUCAGAAUCGGAUCGGCGCACGACACGCGGAUGCGCUCCGGCGUUGCGGGGCUGACGAGGUGCAG